ACACCGGAAGUAGUGCAUCCAUGCUGCAGCAGAGAGCGUGUAACUCACUUUUUUCUCCACACUUUUCUGUGAUAUUUAUUUCUAUCUACUUAAUUUGAAUGAGCAUAUAGACAGAUUAUGGCUGGAAGUCGACUUGAGAAAUUCGGGACUGUGUUUACACGGGUUCGUGAUUUAAUGCGAGCUGGAGUCAUCAAGCACGAGGAAAGGCCCAUCUGGUUUGAUGUGUAUGCUGCUUUUCCUCCUAAGAGAGAACCUCUGUACGAGAAAGCUGUGAGGCCACUGAAGAUACAUGCAGCAGAUAAUGUACCUGACAUCUUCUACAAAGAGGAUGAAAUACGAGCGAAGUUCUUUGAGGUGUCAAUAGAUAAAUAUCACUUUGUGAAGUUUCAAAAAGAUCAAAUCAGUUCUGCUGCCUUGACGACCAAAACUUGA